AUGUGCCAAGAAAACGCUAAUAAUAGCGAUAAACCUUAUGUCAGUUGAUAUUGGCAAGAUGAUGAUUCGAAUUACAAAGAAUUUUCACAUGAAGCUUCAAGACAAAUUGAGGCAGCGUAUAGCCAAAAGAGCAUAGCUUUGGUUCAAGGCAAAGAUAAUAGAGCAUUUUUGGUUGACACAACAAAAAUGAUGAAAAUUAAUGAGAGGACUCGAUAUACAAGGAGGGUCAGAAGGGGAGAUAGCUAA